ACCACCACCACCACGACGCCGCCGAUGGAUACGUCUCUACUACUAGAGUACGCGUGUUCCUUCUUUUCGGACCAUUUGUACCGAGCUACCUCUGCAGAUUACCAGCUGAUGGAAGAACUGUCCAACUUCCUGAGCGCCAACAAACGUCCUCUCCUGGAUCGAACUUGUUGCGAAGAGCGGGGAUCUCACCCCGCUGCCCCGGACAGCCAUGAAUCUACGAGAAUACCUUAGUCGACGGAUGAAGUAUGUGCCGCCAACGGAUAGAUCUGUCAAACUAGUCGAUGGCUGGGUGACAGAUCUCAUCCGCGUGCCUGCUAAGUUCCGGGCCCAACUUCUGGAUUGCCCGUCCUCCAUCCACUCGCUUAUUCCCCCCUUGUGCCCGUCAGAGUCAGUCAUCUCACGCACUUUUGGUACAGACCGGCGUCCGUCGCCCGCUUCAUCCGGCCUGGUGGUCAAGGGUCUCCCGCCCGGGCCCUGGGACGACUGCCUGAUCCGGAUGGACUUUGACAAAGGCCAAACAUCGGUUGUCAGCCACGGCGAUCGCUCCUUUGCCAUCGGAUUGUCCACGGGACAGAUCUCGCUCUACGAUACGGCUUCCCUACAGGUUCUCCGCCACCUCCAGCACCCCGAGCGUGUGAAGAUUUUGGAGUUCAGCCCUGAGGAUCGGCUCCUUGCGUCCUACGGCCGGAAAAGUCUUAUUCUCUGGGAUCCCAAAUCUGGGACCAUGGCGCGCUCGUUGCCCUUGCAGUCGCCUGCGCUUGGGGUUGUCUUCCUGGGCGUAGAAGAGCUUCUCGGCGCGUUCCAGUCUUGUGAAUUGACGAUAUGGUACAUGACCUGAUAACCGAGGAAGCCGUGUCGAUCUCGUGGAAGGACGCUGGACCGUCCGAAGAGCUCAACGUCGUCCCCCCCAAUCCGCCAAGCCAUGUAGCAUUUCUAGUGAGGACUCCGG